ACGCCGUACGUUCGGCGCGAGAGGUAUAGGUGGUGUACGUAACGUGGGAUACACGAACGAGAGGCCGAGCUCGCAUGCGUGUGUACGCGUUGCGUGACUUUCGUCUCAUCACGUCUAUGAACCAGAAAACGUGACGAUAACGCGGAACGGUCCAGACAGGAUUCCGUGAUGUCGCGGGAUUGAUUCGACGGAUGAACUGUCAACCGGUAACGAUACCAAAGAGUGCAAAAUAGUAUGCGAAGUCAAGGCAGGAUAUCGUCAAGUUUCAUCUUCCUGUUAUGCAUUUUUCUCUCCACUUCGAUAUGGAUUGUUAUCGGAAAUCCCGUUCGCCACAGGACGAGACGGGAAGCAGAGAUAGCGUCCACCAACUGGACCGCUCUGGCCGACGAAUGGAUCGCGGCGAAGGCCAGGGCCGCCGAAAAGAUGGACGUCGCUCUGCUGCCGUUCAACGAGAGAUUUCGGGAAUUACCGCCUACAGUUGAGACUUUCGUGGUUAACGGCACCAGUUCAGAACAAUUAGAACGAUUAAAUUACUCGCGGAUGCUAUGGGAUAUGGAAACAGUCCAGCCAAGUGGUCAUUUAUCCGGAUUCGUUGACAAAGCUCUUAAACUGCUAGAUCUGAGACAAGUGAUGAUGGAAGUUGAAACCUCCGUAAUGUCUAAAGUAUCUUGCACCGCAUGCAAAGUAGGCGCUGGCUUGCUGCAGCAUUAUAUAAAGGUCGGCAAGAGCGACGAAGAAAUCAUGGCCAGCAUUUAUCAGUUUUGCGUAUCACUUAAUAUACAGAGCGCCCGAGUCUGCCACGGAGUCACCAUGCUUUUUGGGGGAGAGGUGAUCUACGUGCUGAAACAGGUGAAAAUGGGUCCAGCGCAAAUCUGCAGCUUCGUGAUCGGCGACGCGUGCGACGACGCAUUCAAUCCUCUACAUGAAUGGGAGGUGGCUUUUCCACCUGUCAAGAAACCGCCGAUCAAACCGCCGAUACCGCCGCAGGAAGGCGCGCCAACCUUCAAGGUGCUGCACAUCUCCGACACUCAUUACGACCCGUAUUAUCAAGAGGGUGCGAACGCCGAGUGCAACGAGCCGCUCUGUUGUCGACUGACGAACGGCGCACCUUUGACGGCUUCAGCCGCUGCUGGACGAUGGGGCGAUUACAGAAAGUGCGAUACCCCUAAAAGAACAAUUGACCAUAUGCUUAAACACAUCGCUGACACGCAUUCGGACAUUGAUUACAUCUUGUGGACGGGUGAUUUGCCGCCUCAUGAUGUAUGGAAUCAAACGCGAGAAGAAAAUUUAAAGGUGUUGCGUAAUACGGUCGCGCAAAUGGUAGAAAUGUUUCCCGGUAUACCGAUUUUCCCAGCCUUAGGAAAUCACGAAAGCGCGCCGGUCAACAGUUUUCCACCACCCUUUGUACCUGAAGAAAACAGUAUCUCAUGGCUGUACGACGAUCUCGAUAAACAAUGGCGACGUUGGCUGCCAGCUGGUGUAUCGCAUACCGUCCGUCGAGGUGCCUUCUACUCCGUCCUGGUUCGACCAGGUUUCAGGAUUCUUUCAGUGAACAUGAACUAUUGCAAUAAUAAAAACUGGUGGUUACUGAUCAAUAGCACGGAUCCAGUCAGCGAGCUACAAUGGCUCGUAUAUGAGUUGCAAGGUGCCGAGAUCAACGGCGAGAAGGUACACAUAAUUGGCCAUAUUCCUCCUGGACAUUCGGAUUGCCUUAAGGUGUGGUCGAGAAAUUACUAUCACAUCAUCAAUCGCUAUGAAUCAACGAUCACGGCCCAGUUCUUCGGACAUACGCAUUAUGACGAGUUCCAGAUAUUCUAUGAUACAUCAGACCUUGGUAGAGCGCUCAGCAUCGCCUACGUUGGUCCUUCAGUCUCGCCAUAUUACGAUCUGAAUCCCGGAUAUAGAAUUUAUUACGUUGAUGGAGAUCAUCCAAAGACUACGAGAAUGGUCAUCGAUCACGAGAGCUGGGUCAUGAACCUCAAGGAAGCAAAUCUGUACGAUUAUCCAAUCUGGCAAUUGUAUAGCGCACGACAAGCCUAUCAAAUGGCAUCACUUUUGCCGAAGGACUGGGAUUCCCUGAUCGACAAAAUGACCAACGAGCCAGCCCUCUUUGAUCUCUAUUACAAACAUUACUAUAAGAAUUCUCCAGUGCGACCGGCAUGCAAUGACGAAUGUCGCAAGAGAUUACUCUGUGAUCUGCGUAGCGGAAGAAGCCACGACCGGAAGGCGUUAUGUCAGAGUUUAGAAGCGAGGAUCGAUGUCGAGACUAGAACGGGCUGGCGAGCGUGGAUCUAUAAAGGACUCGCAUUAUCAAUGUCGGUGGUGAUGGCCAUCCCCAGAUUUGCGUACAAUCUACCAAAGUACGUUUUAGGACUGGGUUAGAACAAGAAAACCGAUGCUAAAUGCAGAUGUGUGACUCAAUUUGUGAUGUUAAAUUAUAAAAAUAUUCACGACGUGGCAUUUAAGACUCGAAUUUCGAUGCCGUUAACAUCCGACGAUGAUUAUUCGUGGAAACUGAAUAUCGCAUUUCAACUCGUAAAUGCUCUCAUAGAAUUUAAACAUGCUAAAUUUUUCAAAAUCGAAGAUUCUACAAAAAUGAAUGAAUCGAAAUAGAUUAAAAAAUAUAAUAUUCAGUUUUUUGAAAGAAUCAGUGGACGAAAGAAAUUGAAAAAUUAAUUUAUUGUGCGAAGUUAAAAAUAAGUUUUCUUAAUCUUCAGAACCGUAUAUUAAUUUAAAAAAUUUUGUAUAUAAUACAAAAAGAAUCAGGCUCUAAUUUGAAAAUUAAGAAUUCGUAACUUCGUUAAAUAAAUUCAUAUAAUUGGUUUUUUAAAUAAAUUAAUUUACACAAAUGAGCAAAGGGCUCUAAAAAUAAAUAGGGAAAACGAAUAGUAUAUUACGAUUACGUAAUUACACAUGUACAUUAAGAAUAACAUUAUAUUUGAACAGCAGACUUGCGUUUACAAAAGAUAAACGUGCGAUCUUCUCACUUGGAGAAAUAUGAUCGUGAAAUUGUGUGCUUUGAAUCAAAGAUUGAAACAAUAAUAUUUCAAUGAGUUCAGUUCCUGAAAUAGAUAUAAGCGAGAAAAAAUAUCUUACGUCGCACUUGAUCUAUUUGAGUGAUUAUUUUAUUAUCGCGUAUCUCUGCGCAAAUCUGAGCUCAGCGAAAUUAUAAAUAAGUUUUCAAUAUCUCCUUUGUGAGUUCUUUCUAACGAGCGUUGUAUAUAAUAUGUAAAUAUAUAUGCAAAUAUUAUGAUCGCGCAGAUUAAUAUUUUCUCUUUCAUUAGUUAAUUAUUAAUUAACGAGCGAUUAAUUCAUCAACGGCACGUACUUUCACGUGAAAUCAUUCAGCUUAUAAAUAGGUCAACAAUUAAAUCCAGAAUAUAUAACUAAGAAUUCCAUUCUGAGUCAUCUUUGCAAUGAAAUAUUUAAAAUAUAUUGCAAUGUGAAUUUACAGAUCGAAAGCCGCGAAUGCUCCCAGUGUUCCUAAUAUUUCGAUUAAUCUACGACCUAGUCCAAGAUGCGUGUUGAUUACCGUUGACUAUAUAUUUUAUUCAUAUAUAUAGUAUAAUAAAUAUAUAUCGCAGUUUUCUCGUUAUUGAAAUAAACUAACAAACAAAUGCUAAAUUAAGUUAUUUUUAAAAAUUCAGCAAUUACUGGUGAUAAAAAUUACUGGUGAUAACAUAUUAAGGAUAUAUAUAAAAAUAUUUUAAUAAAAAAAAAAUUAUGUAUAUGUACCUUCGAUAUUAUGCAUCUGAAAAAAUUGAUCAAUAUAUAUAAGUAUAUAUAUAAUAUGACAUAUAUUAAAUUGUGCAGAGAUGAAUGAAAGUUAAGUGUAUGAGCGAAAUUAUAUUGUACAUAAAGGAAAACUUUUAUUUAUUCACAAGUGAUGUUUUCGCUGACAUUGUUGUUUUAUAUUAAAUAUGUGUUUUAAUAUA